AGUCUGCAGGGUGACGGAAGUAGCCGCCUGCACCAUCAACAGUAAAGUUAUGGGCUUGAUUGAUACUCGGUGUUACUGAAGACGAGGGUUUGGGAACACUUGCCUCCAUGUCAAAACAGACCUGUCCCCGCUGCCAUGUCCACCAUCUCUGUGUCAACAUCCACUUGUUGUGGUGGUGAUGCUGCUGCUACCAUGGCAACUCAGGCAUUGGAGCAGGCUCUUCUGGCCUCAGAUCGUUAUGCCAGGAUCAUCCUGGCCCAGAUGAACAAGAUGCGGCAGCGCACUGACUUCUGUGAUGUUGGGCUGAAGGUCGGCGACCGGGUCUUCAAAGUUCACCGGCUGGUGCUUGCUGCUAGCAGCCCUUACUUCUCCGCCCUGUUUUCAGGCGGGAUGAGGGAGGCAGAUAAAGAGGAGGUUCAGAUCCUUGGAGUGGAAACUGGAGUAUUUGAGAUUCUGCUGGACUUCAUAUACACAGGUGUGAUCAGUGUGACGGUGGAGAACGUGCAGGAGCUGAUGGUGGCGGCAGACAUGCUGCAGCUGAACGAGGUGGUGUCAAUCAGUGGAGAGUUUCUCAAGGGGCACAUGGACCCGUCCAACUGUGUGGGCAUCUUUCAGUUCCUGGAGCAGAUUGCCUGCAUGGAAAUGCUGGAGUUCACUGAGAACUACAUCCAUGUUCACUUUCUGGAGGUGUGCGUCACAGAUGAGUUUAAGGGCCUGACAAAGGAUCAGAUGGUGAGGCUGCUGAGAAGUGAAGAGCUGAGAAUUGAAGAUGAGUACCAGGUUUUUACUGCAGCCAUGGACUGGGUUCUCCAGGAUGUAGCGAAGAGGAAAAAACAUGUGGUAGAGGUGUUGGAACCAGUCCGCUUCCCUCUGCUCUCCCCACAGAGACUCUUCAAGUACAUAGAAGGUGUUACAGACUUCAGCCUGCGGGUGGCACUGCAGACUCUGCUGAAGGAAUACACUGAAGUAGCAAAGUCUCCCAAAGAAAACAAGAUGUACAGUCAGUUACAACCAUCCAAGAUGAGACCAAGAAGGAAAGCCAGGAAAUACCUCUACGCUAUAGGAGGCUUCACUCGGCUGCAGGGCGGUCGCUGGAGUGACAGCCGGGAGUUGAGCUGCGUGGAGCGCUUUGACACCUUUAACCAGUACUGGACCACUGUGUCGUCCCUGCAUCAGGCCAGAAGCGGGCUUGGAGUGGCGGUACUGGAGGGCAUGAUCUAUGUGGUUGGAGGAGAGAAAGACUCAAUGAUAUUUGACUGCACAGAGCGGUACGACCCAGUGACAAAGCAGUGGGCUGCUGUGGCGUCUCUGAACUUCCCCCGCUGUGGUGUUGGUGUCUGCCCCUGCCAUGGAGCUUUGUAUGCACUCGGUGGUUGGAUCGGCUCUGAGAUUGGGAAGACGAUGGAGCGAUACGAUCCAGAGGAGAACAAGUGGGAGGUGAUCGGCAGCAUGGCAGUGCCGCGUUACUACUUUGGCUGCUGUGAGCUACAAGGGUUUAUAUAUGUGAUCGGAGGAAUCAGUGACGAAGGAAUGGAGCUGCGAUCAGCUGAGGUGUAUGACCCCAUCUCCCGUAGGUGGAGCGCGCUGCCCGUCAUGGUCACAAGGCGAGCCUAUGUGGGAGUCGCCUGCCUCAAUAACUGUAUCUACGCAGUGGGCGGCUGGAAUGAGGCGCUGGGUGCACUGGAGACGGUGGAGAAGUACUGUCCAGAAGAGGAGAAAUGGAUGGAGGUGGCGUCUAUGUCUACAGCUCGCGCAGGAGUGUCGGUAUCAGCAGUUAACGGGCUGCUGUACGCCGUCGGGGGGAGAGCCGCCAGCAGAGACUUCUCCGCCCCAGUGACGGUGGACUCUGUUGAGAUCUAUGAUCCUCACUUGGACACGUGGACUGAAGUCGGCAACAUGAUCACCAGUCGCUGUGACGGCGGGCUGGCUGUGCUCUAAAAUAUUUGCAUUCCAAACGUCCAUAUCAGCGCCCAGAUCAUCUGGAAACAGCAUAAAGUGAAGAAAAUGCACCUUAAGAAACACAUAUCUGUGUGUUUCUAUUCCUAAGUUUGCUUUCACAUUUCAAAACUGUUGAAUCUGCUGCCCCUCACACUGUUACAGGACUUGUCUGAGCCUUAUAUUUUAAAUUCACUUGAUAUUUCUACAUUACAAUCAGAGUGUUAGCACUCAUAUUUUCCCAUUUGUGCGUAUUUAAAAAAACAAAAUGAUUCUUGUGAUGAGGAUAUUUUUUCACUGCUGAGGACCCCUUGCUCUGGAUGUACCCGAGAAUUUUCUGAAGAGUCCUGUGGGGACUGUGAACACUGUUUUCGGGAUAAGAUGUGACAGCACUGAUUUGUAGUUUUCCUCUUCUUAUUUACUAAGAAAUGUUUUAAAGGACUGAACUUGGAAUAUUUAUCAAACCACUUGAGCCUACUCAUAAUGGAACCAAAGGUCCAUGAUUUCUGUAAAAAUAACGGUCUACUUGAACAGCACACCACUGAUGUCAAAUCAGUGCAGUUGCAGUAACACAAUGAUCUCCACUGGUUUCUUUUUGUAUAUACGAAACUGUAAGAAAUAAUAGUGCUUCUAAGUUACUAUUUGCUCUUCAAAACCAGCAAGUGAAGCCUGUUCUUUCAUUUCACUCAUCAGAGGCACCAGAAAUAACUACGAUUUACAUUCUACAUACAUUUCAACUUACUGAUGUGUCGAUACAGAACAUGUCGAAAGAUGUGUUACCUUCUUUUUGGGAUGUUGAUGAUGAGUCAAGCAGACCAGCUAGUUUAUUUAUGUGACACUGCAGCGUUAACGCCUUUUUAUUGUUUGCUUCUAAGGCUUCAUAAACUUCAAUUAAGCUUCCAUAUUUGCAUGCUAGGCUCUAAUCAAACUACAUUCCCCCUUUUUCUUCAUUUAAGAGAGCUAAAAUGUAUUCACUUAGUUUUCCUGUAGGAACCGCAGUGUAGAUGAUGUGUGUAAGGUCUGUUAUGACAGAUCAGUCUGGUAUGAUUGCAGUCUUGCAGUCUUGUUUGGGUAAAUAUAGAGAUCUUAACUGUAAACAUCACACUCAGUUUGUACAUGGAAAUGCUUUCUGAGUUGACUGGAUAAGUUGGCAAGAAAAAGGAUUCUGCACAAACAAGAAAACGACAGAACUUGCUGUGUAAGAAUUUCAUUUGAUAUUUUGUGGCUUCUUUUUAAAUAAAAAUUGAACUAAAUAUA